CCUGCGCAGUGGCUUCAGUUUUGUUUGAAGUGAACUGCCCCACAAGCUGCAAAGUCGCCAAGCAUUUGAUUGUAACUGUGUAUUUUUCACAUUCCUCCGCAAUCUUUUAGUACUUCUAUGCAUCGUAGAGACGAUGUUGGGCCACCACUAUCCAAAUAUCGACAAGUCGCAACAACUGGUCAACUAUGUGGAGGAUUAUCUGGAAUGUGUGGAGUCUCUGCCGCUGGACAUACAAAGAAAUGUUUCUCUGCUUCGAGAAAUCGAUGCAAAGUAUCAAGAUGUGCUGAAGGAGGUGGAUGAGGUCUUUGAGAAGUACAAGGGCGAGCAGGAUGCGGCUCAGAGGAAGCGCCUGCAGAUCCAGCUGCAGCGGGCGCUCAUCGUCAGCCAGGAGCUCGGCGACGAGAAGAUCCACGUGGUGACCCAGAUGACGGAGCUGGUGGAGAACCGCUCGCGCCAGAUGGACUCCCACUCGGUGUGCCUCCAGGAGCCCAGCGAGGCGGAGCGGCUGCCGGCGGAGCGGCGCGCCAGCGUGCAGGAGCCCGCGGCGCCCGAGCGCAGCUCGGCGCGGCGCCCGCGCCGCCAGCGCAACAGCGAGAGCCGCGACUCGAGCCACGCGUCGGCCAACGGCUCCCUGGUGGACGACCCCGCGGAGGAGCUGUCCAUCCCCCCUCCGCGGGAGAAGAAGUCCAAGUCCGCCAAGAAGAAAAAGCGCAAGGCCAAGCAGGACCGCGAGGCGUCGCCGGUGGACUUCGCCAUCGACCCCAACGAGCCCACGUACUGCCUGUGUGAGCAGGUGUCCUACGGCGAGAUGAUCGGCUGCGACAACGAGCAGUGCCCCAUCGAGUGGUUCCACUUCUCCUGCGUGGGCCUCACCUACAAACCCAAGGGCAAGUGGUUCUGCCCCAAAUGCAGAGGGGACAGUGAAAAGACCAUGGACAAAAGCCUAGACAAGAACAGAAAAGACCGCCGGUCCAGGUAGUGACCUUCAUCCUGAUGUGUUCGUUCAUGGUCCUACUUUUGUCGUGGUGAGAGCACAGUUGAACACCAUUAGUAGCGGCACUUAUUAUUAAUCAAGAACAAGUUGUGAUCGCACCUGUGCUCCUACGUGUCUGCUGGUUCCCUCUGGCUAGAACCUGGCGGUACUCUGUAGGGGGUCGUCGGCCCAAAGCUGCCAUUUUCCUCACGUGUUUUGCUUUUGUGUGAGAAAUGAAGAACAUUGUUUAUACUGUUUUUUUCCAUUCUGGCCAAAAAACUAAUGCUAAUGGUCAUGAGUUUCUUCAGUUCUGGGCCAAAGAAGAACUGACCUUACUCCACUUUAUUUCAACUGUGUUCUCUGGUUUUUAUACAAUGAUGGCCUGUAGAGAAAAACCUUCCCAUGUGAUAUGUUUACACGAGAUAUUUAAUUAAGCAGAUGAUGGUUGAUGGGACACUGGAAUAGAACAUGUUCGUGGAGAUUUUCACUUGUUCUCUAUUGUGUACAUUUCUUUUUAUAUUCAUUAAAACAAUGUAUUGUCAUUGUG